CAUUAUAAGGGUACAACAGAUAACAUGGAGGUGCAGUCUAUAAAACUGGAGACUGAACACUAGCAUUCACUAAACAAUUGUCAUUGUCUUUGUCUCUGAUUUCUCAGAAGCCAGGGUCAGUUCCUCUAACAUCUCAACCGUCUUGAGGAUCACAGUACUUAGAACAGAAACAUACCCUUGCCAAAGUUCUCUUGUCAACAAACAAACAAGAUGUCUGACAGCACGAUUCCCGAGACAUCCAAAUGUCCGCUGGUGUUCCUGGGCAAGACGGGGUUAAAGGUCUCCAAUAUCUGCCUCGGGGCAAUGACCUUUGGAACACCAGUUCGCGGACUAAUCCGAGGAAAUCUGAGCGAAGAAGAGUCCCAUGGACUGAUGGACAGGUUCGCGGCCUGGGGAGGGAACUUUAUUGACACGGCGGACAUGUACGGCCCCAAGUUGUCUGAGACCAUUGUGGGAACCUGGCUUCAAAAACAGGAGAGGGAGAGGAUUGUCAUCGCCACCAAGGUUCGUUUUUCCAUCGACCCCUCCGACCCCAACAAGGUGGGACUCAGCCGCCGACACAUCACACGUGCCGUGGAGGAGAGUCUGGGCCGUCUACAGACAGACUUCAUCGACCUUUACCAGACUCACCUGUGGGACAUCGCCGUGCCCCUGGAGGAGACCUUACGCACCUUGAACGACCUGGUGAGGUGUGGCAAGGUGCGCUACCUGGGGGCCUGCAACCUGUCGGGGUGGCAGCUACAGAAGUGGAUUCAGGUGCAGGAAAAGCUGGGACUGGAACCUGUCGUCGCUCUGCAGCAACACUACAGUCUCAAGGAGCGGGCGUCUGAGUGGGAGGCCUUCCAGGUGUGCAAGGGCAACGGUCUGGGGGUGUUGCCAUGGAGUCCACUCAGCGGAGGUGUAUUGGCCGGUAAGGUCAGUCGAGACAAGCCGCCUGAGGCCGGGCGAUUGGCCGAUGCCGUCCAGAAAAACUUCGACAUCGACGCGGCGCCGAACUGGAACAAACUGAAAGACAAGGAGCAGAUCUGGAACAUUCUGGAUGUCUCCAAACGCAUUGCCGAGACCAAAGGUAAGACUCAGGCCCAGGUGGCCAUUCGCUGGCUUCUGCAGAAGGACAUCGUGGCUUCCGUCAUCAUCGGCGCGCGCACCCUACAACAGCUGGAUGACAACAUGGGCGCCGCCAACGGCUGGACACUGACACCGGAAGAGUUUCAGAUGGCAGAGCUGGACAAGGUGUCGCAGCCCGACAAGCCCUACCCCUACAGCAUGGCCGACAUGUUCAUGGGGGAUCGGGUCAACCCCUUCAACCCUCCACUGACCAUCUGAUUAACUGAACUUUUAUGAACUUCUACAAAUAUGUGACAAUGUAACCAAACUUAGUAAUCUUCCAACAGUGCCAUGUAUCUAAAUUUCUACCCGUGAAGAAACUUGCUGAUUGAUGUUAGUAAAACAUUCUUUAACCUUUGUCAGUAGAUUGCAAGGAUCAAAACUUCUGGGGGGACACCGAUAAGGGAGAACAUAAAUAAACCUUGUCUUUUGGAAAUCAAAAA